AUGAAGCCAUAUAAAUACCAUCCUCUCGAACACGGCGAUUUCACUCGCAUCCUGCUACUUCACCCCGCCACAGAUCACGCUGCGCCCCUCCGUUGCGACCUGAAGCACUGCCAGGAGCAGACAUUCUCCUGCGAGGCAGUCUCUUACGCGUGGGGGACGCCCAUUUUCACGGGGACCCUCUUCUGCGAUAGUGAUGAUGAACAUAUUCAAAUCGCGUCCUCUCUGGAUGCGCUCCUCCGCGCUCUUCGAAAGCCUUCAGGGACGAGAAAGUUAUGGGUCGACGCCGUGUGCAUCAACCAAGAGGACACCGAUGAAAAAUCCCGCCAAGUCCGAGCUAUGUCUGAGAUCUAUCGCAGGGCUCGCCAAGUAAUCGCUUGGGUCGGUGAGGAUUAUGAUGAUGCGUCGAAAGUUCUUCUCUUCUUUACGAAGAACAUUGAGGAGUUUUGGCGAGUGGACAGCAUGAUUGGCGGAUUCGAACGUGCAAUAUAUCUAGACUCGGAUCCGGGGGCAAUCGAAACCCUUGAGAAGAGCAUUUGCGAGACUUUCGGCAGACGCGAUCUUGCAGCUAUUCGAAAGAUCUUUUUGCGACCCUGGUUCAAGAGACGCUGGAUAAUCCAGGAGGUAGCACUAGCAGCGAAACCGAUCAUCCGUUGUGGUUCUACAACCAUGGGCUUUUUCGACUUUGCUCUUUGCGCCAACAUCAUAAACUUGUUCUAUGAGCAGCGGGAAGGACACGUCUUCGAUCCACGGUGCAUGAUGGACGAUCACAUCACUAGUAUACUCCAGUCUCUUGCAGCGCACCAGGACUCGAGGUUUCCAAUCCUUGAACUACUACAUACCUACCAUGCCGCGCAAUGUUCCGAUGAUAGGGACAGGAUCUACGCUCUCCUCGGACUGAGUGACGAUCUCGUAUCGAAGCCUGAUGUUGAUCACGCCCACAAAAGGCGCAGGCGUUACACAACCGAGAUACCAAUCAACUAUGAGGAUGGCGCCGAGCAGGUAUACACCACUCUAGCCCUG